CUCAAUCCGCCUGCCGUUGGGUACUUAAACAAGUGCGCACGCGAAAAAGCGUGUGUAAAGAAGUUAGACAGAGAGAGAGAAACAGAUCAGGACAGCGAAAAUGCAGAUCAUCCCUACACUCACGGUGUUGUUCUUGUCGGUAGCAGUGACCCAGGCAGGGAUAGUAAACCGAAUACUGCAGUACAUUCCCUCCCUAGGGCUAGGUGGCGGCAAUGAGCAGGAAGUCUCCUUCUGCAACGGGUACGACUGUCCCAAAUUUGAGAAGUUGGAGAAACACGAUGUAUACGAAGUGCGAAAAUACGUUCCCACUACCUGGGUCGUUACAACAAAAUCUGAUUCUGGCUCCUCGACAUUCAUGAAACUGUUCUAUUAUAUCCAGGGAAGCAAUGCUGAAAGUAAGAAAAUCGCCAUGACAGUUCCCGUGAUUGGGAAUGUAACUCAUGGCGAGGGCAGGACAACAAUGGGUUUCUAUCUCCCUCCUAAAGUUGGCGUCCCACCUGCACCCACGGACGCCACCGUCUUCAUCCGCAGGCUGCCUGAACUGACGGCUUAUGUGAUUGAAUUUGGUGGUUACGCGAAUGCGGAAAAGAACGAAGCCAAAGCCAAUGAGCUACGCACAGCACUUAACGAGGCGAACGUCCAGUAUGAAAAAGACUAUUACUUUACUGCAGGGUAUGACAGCCCUAUGAAGUUCUGGAACCGCCACAAUGAAGUGUGGUUCAUUGCUAAAUAAAGCACCAAAUCAUGUAGAAUUAUGUGUCUACUCUCUGUUGACUGACGUGUAUGUACUGUAUACAGCCUUAAUUGUGAUUCUGUCAUUCAAAAAAAAAAUUAAUAAACAAAUAAAAUAAAUGAAAAUAACAAGAA